UUUGUCUGUUCGCUAUAAAAGCGUAGAAGAAGAAGCAGCAGCAGAAUCGGCACCAGAGAAGAAGAAGCGGCAGUUAUUUUUUUUCUCCUCUUCCAAAAGACGCAGAAUGGCAUUGAGGGCCUGUUUGAGGGGGAGAAGAGGCUUAACAGGUGUUCUCUCACAGCUGUCCUCCUGCAACAGUCAUGGUCGAGUGUCUCCUGUCCUCAUCGCUCAGCAGAGGAAUAACUCCACCUCACAGAAGAUCCAGGUGGAUUUUGACCAAAGCACAGGCGUGGCAGUGAUGCGGAUGCAGAAUCCUCCGGUCAACAGCCUCAGCUUAGAGUUCCUCACAGAGAUCUGCAUCAAUGUGGAGAAGCUGGAGAUGGAUAAGAGCUGCAGAGGCCUCAUCAUCACCUCGGAUCGCCCUAAGGUGUUCUCAGCCGGGCUGGAUAUCUUGGAGAUGUAUGGGAAGACUCCAGAGCGCUGUGCAGAGUUCUGGAAAGCUGUGCAGGAGAUGUGGCUGAAACUCUACAGCUCCAACAUGGCUACUAUAGCAGCAAUCAAUGGUUCCAGUCCUGCAGGCGGCUGUCUGAUGUCUUUGACAUGUGACUACAGGAUAAUGGCAGAUAAUCCUCGUUACACUAUCGGUCUUAAUGAGACGCUGCUCGGGAUUGUAGCACCUUUUUGGUUUAAGGACACUAUGGUGAACACGGUCGGCAACCGGAGCACAGAGUUAGCCCUGCAGCUGGGUUUGCUCUACAGCCCUGCAGAGGCCCUGAAGGUUGGACUGGUGGACCAGCUGGUCCCUGAAGACCAGGUCCUCACCACAGCCACGAAGACCAUGAGCAAGUGGUUGGCUAUUCCAGAUCACGCCAGACAAAUCACUAAGUCCAUGAUGAGGAAGCCGACCAUCGACAGGCUAAUGUCCAACAGAGAAUCCGACAUCAAAAACUUUGUCGGCUUCAUCACCAAAGGCUCCGUUCAGAAGUCACUGGGCAUGUAUCUGGAGAUGCUUAAAAAGAGAAAGGCCUAAAUCAGAGAGGCCAACAGAAGCACAUGCAUUAGAAGGACUUUGUGGCACAAGUUGAAAACACAUCAAAGUUCAGAGUUCUGAAUUAAUCACAGCUCAUCCUGAUAACUAAAUUAGCAGCAAGCAUUUCUCAACCUUCUGUUUUUGUGCUCUUGAGGAGCCUUUUAAAAAAUCCCUCUAACUAGAGCUCCAGAGAAAUCUACAGUUUCACACACCUGCCAUGUGUGAUUGCUAAGCUGUGAUUGGAUAAUUACUGUUUGGGGGUGGGACCUUGGAAAUAGUUUAUCGUCUCAAAAUCAGCAUCACAAGUGCCUCCUCUUACUGUAAGUUCAGGAAACGUGACAGCUAAUGUAAACUUUGAUGCUUUUAAACAGCCCACAGUGGCAGAGCCUUCAUCGUCUCUUUAACACAUCUGUCUGCAUUACAUGUUUCUGAGUUCUUUAUACUGUGACAUUUCUGAAAUCAAUCAGUAGGCCCAUUUAUUCAGUGGAUUAAACUGUGUGAAUAAAGCAGCAUAUUCUCA